GCAUGAAGUUGCGAUCAUGAGUGAAAUAAUGUUUACUUGUUCUGUCAACAGGGCCAGUAAACAGAUGUAUGAUGUUUUACAGAAAACUCUCAGUUCCUUGAACACAAGCACACUUAUCAGCUUUGCGGUUGCUUAUGAGUGUACUCGGACAAUAGCGACGAUUUAUCCCCAACGAAAGCUGAAAAAAUAUUUAGCUAAAUGCGUUGGACUGUUUCUUGUUGCCAAUAGUAACGAUAUUAAAUAUUUAGGUAUUAAUGCUCUCACGUCUUUAAUCGACGUUGAUGCCAGUUUCGCAACAGAGCCUUCGUAUCAACGUAUUGUAAUCAACUGCUUGGAUGACUCGGAUGAGACUCUGAAACGCAAGAUUUUAGGCGAGUAUUCGUACGCUGCAUCUGAAAUAGAUCCUGAAUCAGUCAUCGAAAAACUCUGCAGUCUGUUGGACAGAAACUACACAGAUCCAUCAACCAAGAGAUGGAUUGUAACAUCGAUUGGUAAACUAAUAUCCCGUAUGAAUGGGCAAAUUCCAGGCAGUACACACAAGGCGCUACUCCAAUUAAGUAAUGACAAAGAUGUUGAUAUCAGACAGCGGUGUCACGAAAUCAGCGUUCUAGCGAAAGAUCAAAGAAUGAUGAAGACCGUUUUACCAGAAGAUGCGAGCUGUGAAGACCUUGAGGUUGAUUCAGGUUUGUCCUUUCUGGAUGAUUUCGUGACGAAGGCUUUGCAAAAUGGUGCUAGUCCGUACAAACCAGAAUCAGAACGAACCAAAGAACAACAUGAAGCAGAUAAAGAAUUAAAAACCGUCGAAUCAACUCUAAAAAUGACACCAUACGAACUGCCUAAACGUCCAAAAACAACUCCUUUACAACCAACACCCACAUCAUCACAAGAGUUGAUUCCACAAAAAAUUAAAGAAAAGGUCAAAAAUCCUAAACAAAAAGAAGAAACAACGGCGGUAUCGAGGCCACUUUCUGGAGUUAAAGGACCUUGGGGUCCUAAAGGUUACACAAAAUCACCCGGAUCAGGAUCGGUAGACUCCGGUAGCAGGUCAGGCUCAUCGUCAAAAAGUUCAGGUUCAGAGCGGCCAAACGUUGUCAAGACUGUUGCAGAGUCGACCCCAAGCCCCGUCGUUUUCGCUCACGAGGAGAAAAGUAAGCAAGUUGUCGACGACAUCUUCAAAGGGGUUGGCAACACCUCCUCAAAACAACAAAACCAAAGACGGAUUCGAGGGAACACUCGAACAACUCGUCCUUCCAAUCGAAUUCGAAAUUCCGACAAUUGGGAUUUGGCGAGUCCUGGUAGUGCCCCCACACCUCCUCCAAGAAAAUAUCUCCAAAACAACUCCAAAGGGGAUAAGGCGGAGAUUGAUUUACUGUUGGACUUGGGUCCCGGGGAUGCAAUGGACGAAACUUACCGGGAUGAGCAUACUGAUAACAAGGAACUGGUGACUAAUGAACAUCGGCUGCUGAAUUGUUCUGAGGAUCAUGACGCAAAUUUACGAGUUAUUCUUCAAAAAGUCUACAAACCGGAUGAACUGGUUUUGGUUUUGUUUUUAACCAAUCAAAGCCAGGGAAACUCACCAGUGACAAAUGUGGUAACCGUGCUUGAGACGUCUUCAAACCUUCGAGCGUCUUUCGAUUCGACGAACGAUAAUCGAUUCGUGGAUCAUAUUCUAGAGCCUUUGUCAUCGAUAACUCACUGCGUCGGGUUGAAAUACAAGUCACCAGCCUUGCACAUGACACUUGGUGGCAAGAUUACUUAUAAAGACUAUACCAAUACAGCAAAGACUCUAUUUAUAAGCACUACACUGCCCCUUAGAGAUCUUGUUCGUUCUCUUACCAUCGACACCGACUCUUUUGGGGCCCAAUGGAGUGAAACACCGUUCGAGAAACGCMAGAGUAUUAGUACUAAUAUUAGUAGCACUGACAAAUUUGUURAACUGAUGGAAGAAGGUCUUGGUUUGAAGAAAGUAGAUAUUAUCGAUUCAAAGAUUAUAGCUGCUGGAACUAUACUUCAAGAUCCUGUAUGUUUACUGCAUGGAACUGUGGGCCCUUCAGGGACUCUGGAUAUCCGGAUCAAAACGAACAGUCAAUUGCUAAGUGAGGCAUUUAUAAAACAAUGUACUACUAUUUUUAAGUAAUAUAUUCAACCGACUAUAUCGGCGGAUAUCAACGAUGGAUACGAAGAGAGUGUCUGUAAUAAAGAAAUGUUUUAAAUAUC